CUCAUGUUUCGUCUAAAAAAAUGUUAUACAAAAUUGUCUUCUUCAUUUGUUUCAUCUUCAUUAUUGUUUGUUGUUUUCAAAAAGAAGUGACGUGUCUUAAAUUUUCAAUUGAAGAGAAUCACAACAUAAAAGUUGAACCGUUUAAGACUCCAAUAAACAAACGUGAUAUCUCUCAAUUCUUUGAUAAAGCAUCCUAUUCAUUUAAUGGCUUGGAAAAAGUCGAAUCAGUUCCAAUAAUAUUUCCCCUGGAUAUAUGCUUUUUCAAUGUUGAAUCUGUAAGACAUGCUGCCUGUUUGCAUAUCAACGAGAAUGGAGUUCGAAAUUUCGUAAUUUUUAAAGCAGAAAAUGGGACCUAUGACAAACUUUACAGCUUAGAAACCCCUUUAGCAAUUGGAAUUGACUGUAAAUCAUUUGGUCCAAAAGGUUAUAUAGCCAUUGCCUAUAAUCUAACUCAACCAGUUGAGCGGGCUAAUCAAGGAUCACCGAUUUUCCAAGUUGAUUCUAAUCGUAUCAAAUUCAUCCAAUACUUCGGAUCACAAGGCCUUAGAGCGGUCUACCUACGAGCGACACCAAAUGAUCUCUUCCUUUUGCAAACUUUCGUGACUACAGUCAAUACAACUCACUUUUGCCCAUAUUUCAAAUGGUCUGGUUAUGGAUUUAAUAAACUUGGUAAGAUCCCGUGCAGCAAUGCUAAGAGAUUGGAACCAUUUUCAAUUGACUCGGAGAGUUAUGUGGCAGUGGCCAAUUACGCUGAUCAAAAUGGUCGGACCGAAACUAAUUCGAUGAUCUACAAAUAUGAUCGAGAGAAAAAGAAACUUGUGAAUUUUCAGAAGAUCAAGACUUAUGGUGCUGUGGAUGUCAAGUACUUUAGUUUGCCGUUUGAAGAUAUCAGAAAACAGCACUAUUUGAUAUUUGGUAAUUCUCAAGCUGGUGGCGGUGAGGCUAAUGAACAUGAAGAAGUUGAAGCUCAGUCAGUGAUUUAUAAGUUUGAAAAGGGAACUUUUAUCCCGUAUCAAUCACUGCCCUUGUAUUCGGUUGAGAAAUUCCUGCCAGUGGAGAAUAUAGAAAUAGAGAAGUUUAUUCUCCUUGUGGCCUGUUCAAAUCAGGAGAUUAAAAUCUUCAACAUGAAUGAUUGGAAAUUCGAAGAAUCCAAAGCUCAAUUCACUGAAGGUGCUCUGGGCAAGGGAGUUUCCAACAUGCGCAUUUUUGAAGAAAACGACUUGAGUUAUCUCGGUAAAGUCCCACAUUUCCUCAUUGGAAACAGUCAAUUUAUUUCUUUUUCACUUUUAGUAAUCGCCAACGAACGCAUGAUCGAGAAUGAAACGAAUGUUUUCCUGCCCAUCUUUACCCAAGAAGAGCAUGCUAAUACCCUCCGACAACAAAUCAUCGAUUGGACUGUUGAUGCUAUUGAUCGUCUAAGUAAAGUUGAUGUGGAAAAAUUGAAAAAUGAUGUUUUAGCAGCAGAGAAGGUGAAAAAAGGUCGUAGGACAGCAGAAAUUCGUGACAUUCCAUCGGCAAAUAUUGAAAUUGCUUAUACAAAAUCGUUUAUCAACCAGCAACGAAAUUUCACAGCAAGUUAUUGGAAGACGUUAUCCUACGCCCAGCAGUCACUUGAAGUUCUAGAAGCUAGAGCAAAUAAAAAAUCGUUAAUGAAACGUCACACUUCGUCUGGAGAUAGCAUUGAAUACGUACAAGAUACUCUUAACGUUGGAACAUUGGUGGUUCGAAAUGACUUCAAGGCGAAGAAAAUUAAUGGAAUCGAUGUAUCUGAUAUUCAACUGAACAAAGUUUCAGCUCCCAAGGUGGUUGUCAAUGGAAACUUCAAACGCCCGCCCGAAGCUCGGAGUGACACCAAUCCAGAGUUUCUUGAUUCUAUGAAUGUGGAACAUUUAAUGAUCACAGGAAAAUUAAAUGACAUCAGCUGGUCUGAUUUGCAAUUGAAUACUCUCAAGAAAUCUGGGCAGCAAUUUUUAAAAGCACCUGUUAAGAUUGGAAAUUUACAAACCGAUUCGAUGUUCGUUAUUUCGGGCACUGUUAGUGGACAAAGUCUUUCAAAACUGGUGCGAACUGAUGGUGGAAGUUUUGUUAUUAAUCAAGAUGUUCAAUUCGCUGAGCCGAUUUAUGCCAGGAACUUGACAAUCAAUGACCGUUUGAAUAACAUGCAUGUGCUACAGAAUAAAUUAGAUGUCUUGCUUCUAAACUCAGAUGAAGUCCAACACAUGACCGGGAAGAAGACAUUUGAAAAUGUAAAGCUCCUUGAACCAGUUAAGAUUUCGGGUAAAAUGUUUGGAAGCUUGGACUUUUGGUCUCCCUUUAAGACCAUUCAUGAACCACUUAAUCUAACUGGAGAUUUCACAAUAACAGGCGAUGUUACUAUAAAAAAUCUUCUAUCAGCCAAAAAUAUCGUUGGCAGCUCAGGUGAAUUCGAUGUCAAGAAAGCUCUUGAACAAGGUUUGCGUAGUUCUGGGUCUCUUACUGGACUUAAAUUGAAUUUUAAACAACCUAUCCAAGCUAAUAAUUCAAUGGUUUCAUUUAUUAAUGGCUUUGAUUUGCAACAGUUAGUUCCAACGGGUUUCGAUGAGGUUCAAAUUAUUGAAGGUCGUAAGAUUUUCAAUGGAGAUAUAAAAAUUUCCGAGGGAUUUGCUGAGGUUAAGGUUCUCAAUGGCAUUGAGAUAGACAAUUUUGAAAAAAGACUUCUUACAAAAGAUGGACAGCAAAAUAUCACUGGAAACCUUAAGUUCAAGAAACUAACUACUAAAAGAAUCACAUCACCAUCGAUUAAAUUGCGGGAUAGAGAGCUCUCGGAGUAUCUUACCACAUCAGGAGAUCAAGUUUCAGAAGGUUCUUUGAAGGUAGAGAGUUUCAAAACACAAUUUGCCAAAAUACAAAAUGUUCAAACCAAGCACAAAGUUUUCGGAACAAAUCUCGAUCAAAAAUUAACCGAUCCAAAUCCGGAAAUAUUCAACAACUAUCCGGGAACAAUUCGAGUUGAGAAUCUUAAAGUAGCAGGAUCUAUAAAUAAUAAGCCAAUCGAAAAAAUCGAAGAAUUGCUAACCCAAUUAAAUGGCAAUGUUAAAUAUGUAGGAGGAAUGAAAUUUCCGUACGACAUCAAAGUUUCAAACGUCAGUUUUACGGGUAAAUUUAAUGAAAUCCCUGCAGAGGAUUUUGGAAAUUGUUGGUUGCAGCAGAAUCGAGACCAGAUUUUCACAGCACCUCAAACGCUUGCAAAUGUAGCAACUGAGAAAGGGAUAAAGCUGGGUGGAAAACUGAAUGGUCAUGAUUUUGAUGAAUUUGUUUCGGGAACAUAUUUUAUAAACCGAGACGAGCAUAUUAGCAAUGCAGUUUUCGAAAAUUCAAUUAAAGUAAAAAAUGUUUUAAGAGCUUCCACUGUCAAUGGACUGAGAAUUCCCGAAGACAUUUUAACAGCAAACUCUGUUGAACCACAAAUCCUCAACGAAGCAAUGAUAUGCAAAAAAGAUGUUUAUGUAAAAGGACAAAUUCGUCGAUUAUCCACUGUGAACAAUUUAAAUUUGGCACUUUUGAAUGAAUACAUCGAUGGAAAUCCACAAACUGUAGCUGUUCAAAAUGCGAUUUUUGAAAAAGCACCUUCGUUUAUCACACUUAAUUCUCAUAAUUUAAGCAAAACUAUGGAAUAUGCUUGGUUUGCUAAUGAAGAUGUCGAUUUACAACAUCAUGUUGAAAUAGCCGAUGGGUAUUUUGAAGGUCCAAUUGAUUUAGAAGGUCCUAUCAAUGGAAUGAAUUUAAAAUAUUUAAAAGAAAACUACUUCAGCUUGUCUAAACCUCAACAAGUUUCGGCAGAAAUGAUAUUUUCAAAGCCAGUUGUUUUUGAAAAUGAUUUUAAAGUCGAAGAUUUGCACUUAUUUGGACCAAUCAUUGAACGAAGCAGUAACUCCGAAAUUGAUUUCAAUGAUUUUGUGGAGAAUUCUCUUCUUACGUCUGGUAAACAAAAAGUAACUAAACAAUGGAAAAUCUAUGAAGCAUUUGUUGCAGGAGAUCUUAACAACAUUCGUAUAAACAACUUAAAUCUCAUUGACGACGUAGUUCGUUUGGAUGUCUCCCAGAAUACAAUUACAGCUCCCAAACAAGUUGAAUCAGCAAAAAUUAAGGAUCUUUAUUGUUCUCCCAGAAGCACUGUCAAUGAUGUCGAUCUCACCGAAUGGAUUUACAACACAGUUUUUGUUUAUGAAAAUUAUACAAUUCUGGGCAGAACUACAGUGGAUUCUGCAAUUAUCUAUAGCAAUAUCGAGGUUUUUGGAACAGUUAAUAAUAUGACCUUCGAUGAGGAAAACUUACUUCUUCGUGAUAAGGAUCAAGUGAUCAAUGGAAAUGUUAAAAUUGUUACUAAAUUUCCAAAAGAAAAACUCAUUCUAUCGAACUCAAUUGAAGAACUUCAAGCUGAUUCGAUAAAUGGAAUAAAUAUUAACGAGUUCUUUAAAAAUCAAAUCAUGGAAGAUGAUAUUAAAAUGCCUGUUAACCUUGAGAGUUCGAUUGUUUUUGAGAAUUCUGUUAGUGCAGAGCAUUUUGAAAGUGAAGAAGAGUUGAGAGACUCGAAAGUGAAAAGUUUUGAUUACAAUUUGAUGAACAAUAAGACAGUUAAAGCUUUUGGGCAAUUAGAAGAAAUAGUUGAGAGACUUGGAAAAACUUAUAAAAAUACAAAAUAUUAUUUGAGCCAUUUCGAACAAAAACAAACGAUGCCUAUUCAAGCUCAAAAAGUUAUCAGUCUGACUUUGAGUGUUAAUGACCAAUUUGUGGAUGUAAUUGGAGUUUUGAAAGAUAAUGAGGAUAAUAAUUUAUUCUUCUAUCGUUGGGACUUUUAUCAACAGCAAUUUGUAAUCGAUAAAAAUCUUUCUUGGCUUCCUCACAGAAAAGCUCUCAUGGAUAUCUUCAGAGUCGCAUUCGGGAAUGCGGAGUAUGUUGCUAUCAGAAAGUCCUUACAAAACACUUUUCAUCCUCAAGUUAUGUCCAUGGAAACCGAAGGCUUAGAAGGAGUGAUUAAUGACAACAAAUCACCAGAAAUGAUUGAAGCUCUAGAACUCGACGAUCAGAACUGUUUUGUGGCCAAUAAAGAAAACAACAAAAGCUUAGGUGUCUACUGUGUGGAUCAUGGCGACAAGGGACUCAAAUUUGUCCACAAAAACGAUAUCAACAGAGAAGGAGUGAUGCAGAUUGUUUCUCUAGAGAAGAACCUAAUAGUUAUUCUCCUUAACGACUCAGUUGAAAUCUGGAAGCCUAAUGAACCAGAAAAAUGUAAACAAAAGAUUCCAGCAGUAACUCCAUCUCAAAUAGCAGCGGUAGUAGCCGGCGACUCGGAAAAGUUCAUUGCCAUUUGUUCGAAAAUAAAGCCCAAGUCGUUCCACCACGGACUUGUCGACAUUUACAGGUCAACCGAGGACAAACCCUUCCAACUAAUGCAAACCAUCGAGGUCGUUAGCCCUCUGCAAGUUGAAUUUGUCCUCCUGCCGCAGUCAGAAGACAUCCUACUCAGCAUCCUUACAGAAAGCUUCAACGAACCCCUGGCCAUUUAUCAAUACAAAGGUGUUGUCGGCUUCCAGUCAAUCGUCAGCUCGUCAACACUUACCCCAGGGACCAGCAUCAGUGUGAUUCACCUGAAGGCUAGUCAACAGCAUCUCAUUGCCGUGAUGUCGAGGGACGAACUCACCUUCAUCGAAGCUGUGCUCCACAAAACAUAA